AUGUAUGCUAAAUGUGGUGAUGUUGGGUCUGCGGGGAAAGUGUUUGAUGAAAUGCCUCAAAGAGAUGCUUUUUCGUGGAAUUCGAUGAUGGCGUGUUAUGAUGGGGAAGUUGAUGAGGCUUUAAAGGUUUUUCGACAAAUUAAGGAUCCUAUUGUUAUUUCUUGGACGACGUUGAUCUCGGGUUAUACGGGUGUUGGGAAGCAUGUUGUUGCUUUGGAAUUGUUUAGGGAAAUGGUGAAUGUUGGGAUGAUUCUCCCUGAUGUUGGCGCUCUUUCUGGUAUCCUUGUUUCGUGCAGGUUUUUAGGGGAUUUGAGCAGUGGGAGGGAAAUUCAUGGUUAUGGAAUCAGAAACAUGCUUUGGAAUAAUGCGUUUUACAAGUCUGCUGGUCCUGCCUUGUUGACAUUGUAUGCUCGGUGUAGUAGACUUCAUGAUGCUGAAAAAGUGUUUCGUAUGAUGGAUAAAUCUGAUGUUGUUACGUGGAAUGCGAUGAUUUUGGGUUACAUUGACAUGGGGUUGGGUCAUUUGGCUUUGGAACAUUUUAGAGAAAUGCAAGGAAAAGGUGUGAGAAUUGACAACACAACUAUAUCUACUAUAUUGCCUGUUUGUGAUUUGAGAUGUGGAAAACAGAUACAUGCGUAUAUUAGGAAAAGCAAUUUCAAUUGUACGGUUGAAGUUUAUAAUGCACUGGUUCAUAUGUAUUCGAUCCGUGGAUGCAUUGAAUAUUCAUAUUCUGUGUUUUCUACUAUGGUUAAGAAAGAUUUGGUUUCGUGGAACACUAUUAUUGGAGGGUUUGCAAUGCACGGACUUGGCCAAACUUCUGUGAAGCUUUUGCAGGAAAUGAGUGAUUCGGGAAUCAGCCCUGAUUGA